AUGUCUUCUGCAAUGCUUGUAUACUCCCUCGCUGGAGCUGCAGUACUCUCUGCAAUCAUUGUUACAAUCUUCAACGGCCUUGCCUACGCCGCACUGCAAUCAUUACCCUCACAUACUUCAACAACCGGACUAGCCCCAGUCCUCCUCAGCAUUCUGACAUGCAUCACCCUGCUAGCCCUCAGCAUCCUCAUCAACAAAGACCUCCGCAGCGACAUUCACUGGCCAACAUGGAAAAUCGGCAUGAUCUACUUCACCGGCGUAUACCUCGUCAUCAGCGCCGUCUCCGUCACCGGUACAAUAGCCUCAAACGAUCUAUACAACUCACCACACCAAGGAAACAUCUUCAUCGCCCGAUCCAUCUUCUGGGCCCUUUCCGUCCUUACCCAGGGCCUCUACUACGGGUUCCUCGUGGUAACCCUGACCCAACGCAAACCAGGCCAAGAUUGGCCACGCUCCUAUGUACAGGAGCUCAAAUCGCUCUCAGAAAGCCCGGACCCAGUCCGUUCACCAGCAAGGACACUCUGCGAUCCAUAUCCGGAAUUGAAACAGUUUGAUACGAGACGCUCCUCGCUGCGCAAGUAUCCCCGUCGUUCAAAUCGUUUCUCGGGUGGAACCAUCUGCAUCGAGAGCACGCGUACAAAGUACGACUCUUUUGAUACGAGUUCGUCUACGCUGUCCUCGCCGUCGCCCUCGCCAACAACAGAGCACACGCCACAGACGCAGGCGCAGUUGCAGACGCAGACAGACCCCUUCGCAGACCACCAUGCCCAUCCCAAUCUUAAACGCACCUCCAGCUUCCGAAGCAUGCCCAGUCUCCGCCGCGAAGCGAAUAUCCAACUCUCACUAGACAGCCUCGUCCAAACCUCACCCACAGCAUCAAGUUUCGCCCUCGACUCGCCCUCAGCAUCAACACUGACUCUCCCAGAGACAUACGCAUUCUACAGCAGUCAUUCCCACUUACCUACAUCUACCCCGGCAUUCACAUCAUUAUCAACACCCUCAUCCCCACUACAUUCACCUACAUUCCCCACCUCCAGCUCAGCUUCAACACGCGAGCAAAACAUCCACCCCCUCUUCCGCUCCACGAGUCCCUGCCCCAGCCCAACACCGCUCCCGGGCAGCACAGUGAAAGCUUCCCCGUCUGCGGGCCAGACGAUCACGCAAAAGACGCUGACGCGCAUGCGGUCUGCGCGGGAGCUGAGGCAGCUCCGGAAGGAGGAUUCGCCUGGGGCUGGGAUGUGGAUGGGGAUGGGACGGGCGGGGUAUGUGAGGCGGAGUAUUACGCAGUAUGAGAAGAGGGGGGAUUUGAAUGAUUUGGUUGAGGAGAGGUAG